AUGGUAGAGAAACCAUUCAUUUCUUAUGCACUAUAUCAAGUACAAACAGGUAAUUUACCUGUUUAAAGUAGUGGACUAACAAAUUCUCCCUUGCAGCUUCCGACUGGUAUCUACAGACUUAUAGUUCAAGUACAGCACCUGAAUUUCCCAAGUAGUUCUUCUAUGCAUAGCUCACCUUUCUACACCCAGCUGGGCAUGAAGGAGAGGUAAUACGUAGGUGCCGUUUAUGGAAGCUGCGAACAAGUGGGCCCCCUUUAUUCACUGAUUUCUUGCCUCAGAUAAUGGAUUUCAAAUCUAUAUGUACCUAUUUGAUUUUUUUUUCUAAAACUUCAACUGAGCUGCUGUUUUCUUCCAUGCAAUAUUAUAUACUCAAUUGUGUAUAGAAGAAGCUGGUGAGAGUGCCCUCCUACAUAAAUAAGCAAUUGCAGUGUUUUGCAUGCAAAAUUUAAAAAAUUUAAAUUGUCCUGAUUCUAUUUUGUAAAUGGAGAAACAAUCAUAUCUUUCUAAGCAGUAAUGGAGGAAGACUAGUGCUUUGUGCAUUUUGAUAUAUUUGAGUUCAUUUUUCCAUAAUGUCAUAUUUUUGACACAAUUGGGUUUCUCAUAAGUAUCCUAGUUCAUGUACAUCAUCCGAAUGCUAAAUAAUACUGUGUUUAAGUUUUGUGUUGCAAGAACAAAUGGAAUAAACUUGAAUUGUGCUACA